UCUUCUGAGGAAUCCUUGUUUUCGUGGCUUUUGUUCUCUUGAAGAAAGCUGUUGUUCGGCGCUUAAAAUUAAAGAAGAAUGAUAAAAAACAAAAGAAUAAGGUUGCUUGAAGAAUUGCCUGAAGGGUGCAUCGCGACGAUACUAUCUUGUAGGACUCCGGUUGAUGCUUGUAGGCUCUCUAUCCUUUCAAAGUCUUUCCGUUCUGCAGCCGAUUCCGACACCGUCUGGGACCGUUUUCUUACUUCCGACUCUAUCAUCUUACAAUCUCCUUCACUGGCAAACACUUUUACCAAAAAAGAUCUCUACAUGGCUCUAUCUGAUCGCCCUAUCAUCAUCGAUCAGGGUACAAAGAGCUUUCAAUUGCAAAGAAAGAGUGGACAGAAGUGUUACCUGCUUGCUGCUAGAUCUCUCACCAUUGAUUGUCGUAACGUGGACGGUGAGAAAGAGUGGAUUCCCAUGCAUGAUUCUAGGUUCCCGGAAGUUGCUAAGCUCAGUCUUGUGUUCUCGCAUGAAAUUCGUGGUAUUAUUAAGACUCUUUCCUUGUCCCCAAAUACUCAGUAUGCAGCUUAUCUCGUCUUCAAGAUAAUUGAUGCCUGUGGAAGUAAGAACGAACCCGUGAACUUUUCUGUCGGUGUCAGUGGUGGCAACAGAAGUAUUAAAUCUGUUUGUUUGGAUCCAAACUUGGAACAUAGGACGCACAACAACGAAGCAGGAUUGCAACGUCCUAGUGUUAGAUGUGAUGGAUGGUUGGAGAUUGAGAUGGGAGAAUUCUUUAAUUCAAGCCUCAAAGAUGAAGAAAUCCACAUGAGUGUUAUCCAGAGGAGUGGUACGUGGGUGAGGGGAAAUUUGUUUAUUGAAGGAAUCGAAGUUAGGCCUAAGUAUGGCAAUUAAGCAAUAUUCAUUUAAUUGUACGGUCCUGUU